AGUUCACAAUUGGCCCAAAAACAAAGCCUUCAAUAGCCCAAGUAAUACACAAUUCGCUCAUCUUCGCCAUUUGGAAAGAGCACCAUCAUUUUACUUUUUUCGCUGACAAGAAAUUAACCGGAAAAAAAACGCCCAAAUUCACCAUCUUUUUCAUCUCACCUUUCUCUCUCCUCUUGCCUUCACUCUCCUCAAACCCUAGUUCUGCUGAACAGGUAAUCCAGGUAUUGUUGUGGAGUUUGAUAAGGUCAAUGGGUUUUGACAAUGAUUGCAUUUUAAAUAUUCAAUCACUUGCUGGAGAGUACUUCUGUCCUGUGUGUCACCUUCUUGUCUACCCGAAUGAGGCUUUGCAGGCGCCAUGCACUCACCUUUACUGCAAACCUUGUCUGACUUAUGUUGUCAGCACUACACAUGCUUGUCCUUAUGAUGGAUACAGGGUGACUGAAGCCGAUUGCAAGCCACUCCUGGAGUCAAAUAAAACAUUGGCAGACACAAUUGGAAAAAUACAAGUCCAUUGCCUCUACUACAGGACUGGAUGUACAUGGCAAGGUCCUCUGUCUGACUGCAUAUCUCAUUGUUCAACAUGUUCAUUUGGGGAGUCGCCAGUUCUAUGCAACAGGUGUGGAGUUCAGAUUGUGCACCGCCAAGUGCAAGAGCAUGCACAAAGCUGCCCUGGUGUGCAGCAGGCGCAACAACCAAGUACCGCUCAGGAUGGCACAUCCACAGGGGCUGUAGCAGAUCAAACCCAGACUGCAGCUCAGGCUGUCUUACCUGCUUCUCAAGCUCAGACAUCACAAGCUUCUGCUUCGCUUGCAUCUGGUCAAGAUAACCAAACAGCAAGUACAGCUGGUCAACCACAGGCUGCGCAAGCUGCCAUGCCAACUGCUGAGCAAUGGUAUCAGCAACAGCAACAGUACCAGCAGCAAUACCAGCAGUAUUAUCAGCAUUAUCCUGGAUAUGAUCCUUACCAACAGAACUAUCAAUAUUAUUAUCAAUAUCAACAAGGAGCUCAACAGUAUCCGCAGCAACCCUCGCAAGGUUAUCCUCCUCAAGCAUAUGGUCAAGCUCAGGCUCAACCCCAACUUCAAGCUCAGCAGCAGGCUCAGCCUCAUGCUCAGCCCCAGCCACAACAACAGCCCCAGCCACAACAGCAGCCCCAGCCACAACAACAGCCCCAAGCUCCAUCCCGAAUUGCGCAGCCUUCAGUGCAGACAAAUUUCCAACCAUCAGUCAAUGUACAGUCCCAAGUCCAGCCAGUGGGUCAAGCGCAACCUCAAAUGCAGGCUCAGGGUCAAGCACCUCCAUCUCAUCCCCUUCCAUAUAAUCAGUCUCAGCCAUUACCCCAGGCUCAACCUUAUGUUCAGCCACAACCCAUUACUCAGCAGCAGACACCAGUGCCUCAGUACCAGCAAACUCAUCCUCAUGCCCAAUCUUAUCCACCGUUACAAACUCAAACCCAGCAUUACCCCUACACACAGCCACAGCCUCAGCCUCAUUCUCAACCGAUUAUGCAGGCACCUGCCCACCCACCUUCUCAACAAAACCAGCCUAUGAAUCCCAAUUCCCAGCCUCAGACUCAGAGUGCUGUAACUGGUUACCAAUCAUAUCCGCAGCCACAGCCUCAUCCGCAAGCACAGGUGGGAGUUGCUCAUCCAAUGCAUGCAUCUGGUGCCCAGCCACAGCCUCAGUUCCCUGGGCAAAUACAGGGGAAGGUUCCUUCACAACCUUCUCAGAUGUAUUCUUCUCAACCUUAUUCUAAUGUGGCAGCACAACAACAGCCAACUAUGUCAUCUGCACAAGUUCAGCCUCCAAGCGGGCCUCCGUCACAACAGCUCCCUGUUUAUCCUCAUUCCCAGCAGCCUGGAUAUCCGUUUCAGCAUCGUCCUGGUGUGCAGGCUGCACAGCAAGCUGCUCCACAGCAGUUUGGGCAACAACAGUCGUUUCCUGGCCAUGGUCCGUUUACACAGCCACAGCCACAGCCACAGCCACAGCCACCUAUGGCAGGUCAAUUACAUGCUCAGGGCCCUCCUCAAAUGCUGCAACACUCUCAGCCAAAUUAUGCACCAGGGUAUAUUGCUCAAAACUAUGCAGCUAGACCAGUGGCCACACAAGGAGCUGGAUCACAACCACAUCUCCAGGCUGCUGGUGCUGGUCAGGUUAGGCCUCCACAGCUAAAUCAGGCUUAUUCUCUGAGAACAGACAGUCAGCUAUCUACUGCCUCUGAACAUAAGGCUGGUCAUCCUCAACAAUUUCUGAAAGCAAUGGGGGGUGAGAAGCCUCGUGAUCAAAAUGAUCCUAACAAGGAGUCUGGUGCAGGGGUUCAGGUGAUUGAAAAUAAAUUAAAAUCAGAAAAUGCCCUGGAUGGUAACGGGAACGAGAAUGAAAGUAAAUUAGCUGCUACAGGGUCCAAUUUAUUGGGAAGUGAUAAUCAAGAACACAAACAAAGGAUGAAGGGAGAAGCUUCAGAGGAUGCAUCAGAAUUCUCAAAUGGUAAUAACACAACUAAUAUUGGUUCUGAUGCCCAUAAAGAUGCCCGAAAGAAGGCUGAAGUACAGGACUCAAAGCAUGCAGCCAAAAGUGCAGGAGGUGCAGCUGCUCCUGUCUCCAAUAUGCCUCAUUCACAUUUAAACCCGCAAGUUCAUGGCACUAAUUCAUUUCCUGCCGUUGACCAGGGAACAAAUCAAAUGCAGUCAAUGCAGUAUGGGCCUUCAGGCCAACACAGACCUGGUGCUGUGUCUAUGUCUCAGUCAACACCUCUUUCAAUCCCUCAGCAGCCUGGGUUGGGUUCUCUUCCUGGUCAAUUAAGGCCUCAAGGACCUGGACAAGCUCCCCCUAGACCGCCGUUCAAUGCAGCUGAUAUUCCCCAGACAUCUAUUCCUAAGCAUCCUCAUGGUCUUACCCCUCAUGAAAUUGCAUCCGGAGGAAAUCUGGGCCCUGCCUCAUCAGGACCCUUUGCUAGACCUGGCAAUAUGGGUUAUCAUCAAGGUAAUAUGCCACCUUACCAAGCUGGACAACCUCAUAAUCUUCCAGGGGAACCUUUUGUUGGUGUAGGGAGUAGAGAACGUGCUGAUGCUGAGCAGCGUCCUCCAUAUAUGAUGGAAAAUGAAAAGUUUCAGGCUCACAGGCCUGGCUACUUUGAUGGUAGAAAGCCGGAUUCCCUCCCUCAUGGAUCCAUGGAUCGAGCUCCUUAUGGGCCCGCUCAUCCUGGGAUCCAGCCUGGAGCUAUGAAAUUUCCUGAGGAGCGUGGUAUGAGGGAUGAAAGGGGUAAGAUGUUUCCUGAGGAGCGUUCGAAACCCUUUCCUCACAGGGACUUUGAAGACGAUUCGAGGAAAUUCCCAAGACCUGCUCAUUUUGAAGCUGGGCCUUCAUCUAAAUAUGGUACCCAUUUGCCGUCAUCUAGACCACUUGAUCAUGGUUCUCAUAUGUUUGGUGGAGAUGGAAUGCCGAGACCCUUUGACAAGGCGCCACAUGGACUCAAUCCUGAUUCUGGACUGAAAAGGGAUUCUGGUGUUGGUUCUGGUCCUUCAAGAUUUCUGCCUCCAUUCCAUCUUAAUGAUGCUGGUGAAAGGAGCAGAGGUGCAGGGUUUCCUGAUGAUGACAUGGGGAGAGGGGAUUUUGGGCACCGUCCUGAUUUUCCUGGACCAGCUCCUGGUCCUGGAUUUGGACAGCCCCGAAUAGAUGGUUUUCCGCCUAGAAGUCCAAGUAGGGACUUUCCAGGUUUUCCUUCUCGUACAUUUGGAGCCUUUGGGGAUGAUGUGGGAAACGAAACGCGACCUUUUGAAGGUUCCAGACCCUACAAUUUUCCUGCUGAACCAUUUGGGAAAUCAAUGCACGAGAACAGGUUUCCAAUUCCACCAAAUCAUGUACAAAGAGGUGAGUUAAGUGAUCAUUUGACUGGUGGCCCACGUAAUCCAGAUAUGUUGGCUAAUCAUUUACGAAGAGAACAUAUGGGUCCUCGAAAUAUGCAUAUGGGAGAAGGGACUGCUUUUGGACUCCCUGGGGGUCAUUCACGGAUGGGAGAACCUCCUCUGGCAGGGAAUUUUCCACGUCAUUUACCCUUUGGUGAAUCCUUUGGAGGUGAAAAGCCAGGGCACCCUUUGGCAGGAGAGCAUGGAUUCAGGGGCAGCUCUGGUUUUAAUCGUUAUGCACGUGAUGGUGGAUUAUUUCCAGAGGAGAUGGAGCCUUUUGAUAACCCAAGAAAGCGGAAACCUGGAAGCAUCAUGUGCCGUAUUUGUAAAGUGGAGUGUGGAACCGUGGAAGGCUUGGACUUGCAUUCACAAUCAAGAGAGCAUCAGAGGAAGGCUAGGGAUAUGGUCUUAAGCAUCAAGCAGUCAAAUAAGAAGAAACAGAAGUUAUCAAAAGAUCAAGGUUCAAUUGAAGGAAGAGAUGCAGGCAGGCCAAAGAAUUUCAGUUUUCAGGGUCGAGGAAAUAAGCGUUAAAGACUUGAUGGCUGUUUUGGCUGACAAGCAAUCCAGUGGUUUUGUAGCUGACAGACUGCAUUUGUUCCUUCAGUAUUUUGCAUUUAGUGAAGUAGGUGAUGCAGCUUUCUGUAUCUCUUUCUUUUGCUGGUUGGUUUAUGCCAGUUUUGUCAUUUCAGGUUGCUGCUAUGUUAGUGGAGAUGGUAUUUUGGGACUGAAGUAUCAGUGGCAGUUAAGUUACUUUGUUUGACUUUGUGCUAAAUAUUUUGGAGAUUGAAUAUGUUUAGCGUGAAUGUAUACUUGCCCCUUGUUUAAGUGGUAAUUUCUAUCUCUUCACUAAUAUAGUAUAUGUAUCUUCAGUGCAA